AUGAAAGAAAGAAAGAAAACACCACUACACGUGCAGAAGUCAUCAAUUCGAACUGUCGAGAUGAUAUUUGGGGUGGAGAGUUUUCCAUUUGUUGUAUCCAAAGCAGCAGAUUACACAUUCGAUGUCGAUACACAAUACACGCUGUCGAUAUUUUCCCUUCAUUUUAUUCUCAUACCAGCAUUAAUUUCACCUACACCUACACCAUCGCCACAUCGUUUGGAAAUACAAAAUCCUUUAUCCUACACUACAUUCGAUACGGUGUGGGUUGUGAGUCUCUUUCCGAUCCAAAUGACUACAGAGCUGUACAAAAAUGGAUUGAAAGGAAAGCGAAACGACAUCGACGGAAUGAGAUUGAUGAAAAUGAAAUGUUUCCAGCCCCAAGAUUAA